AAUAAGCUAUUAAAAAGGAAAUUAUGCAUAUUUUAAAUAACUUACACAUUUCAACGGCUAUUUUAAACCAGGCAUCGCUUUGGCUUCUAAACGGCUGGGUGUUCCUUUCACAUGGCUGUUGAUCAUGACUGGAAUUGUUCGGCAUUAUUAGGCAUAAGCAACAACAUCUGAUUCAUAUUUAUUUUAUUGAGGAUACAUGCGGACGCUGCUUGCCCAACCCUGCUAACGCCUCGUACUGACAAACUUUAACCGAGCAGAUCAGGAAACAUGCACAAAUCCGCCGCCCGUUACUUAAUAUUUUUCCAAUAUACAGGGACCAAAUACAGCGGCGUGAUGAAAACAGCAGCAGAUCAAGCUGUGGAGGGGGUCGAGAAUCAUCUGGAGAGUGCUGUGCGGAAACUGAAGCCGGUUAAUGAGGUGUCAGUGGUGAUCUCCAGCAGAACAGACACUGGUGUGCAUGCCUUGUGUAACUCUGCACAUGUGGAUAUCCAGCGGAGAGGAGACAAGCCACCACUGCUGGAGCAAGACCUGGUUGAUGCCCUAAACUUCCACCUGAAAGCAGAACCUAUAAGAAUCACCAGGGCUUACCGUGUCCACAGCGACUUCCACGCACGCUAUCGGGCCGUAUCACGCACAUAUGUUUACCGCUUUGCUUCGGGUCUCAGACAUCACACAGAAAUGCCAGUAACGGAGAGGGAUCUGUGCUGGGCAUUACGAGACACGAGGCUAAAUAUCGAUGCAGUUCAAGAGGCGGCUGCACUGCUGUUAGGGACCCAUGACUUCAGCACCUUCCGUGCCUUGAGCUCAGACACGCCUUUUAAGAACCCAGUGAAGACCCUCGAGAAGGCCCAGCUGAACCCCGGCGUCUCGUUCAGUCAGAGACACUUUCAUAGAGAUAUUCAGUUCUGGGAGCUCACUUUUAAAAGUAGGUCCUUUUUAUACAGACAAGUGCGGAGGAUGACUGGGGCGCUGGUUGCCGUCGGUCAGGGUAGACUGUCUGUUCGACAGAUCCAGGAGCUGCUAGAAGCACGAGAUUCAUUGGCGUUCCCACAAAACCUGACGGCUCCAGCCCACGGCCUGUUUCUGACCAACAUACAGUACAGAGAGACAGAUCUUGGGGCUUGUAGGCUGGCUGAACAGUAAAAUAAUGAUUCAAAUAGAGAUCUCACAAUAUCGGAUGUAAAAAUUUAAAUAUUUUUAUUAAAGUCUAUCCCUUUUCUCAAA